CUGUGGAAACUGGCUGAAGAAGGGACGAGAGUGCGGUUAAAGUGCUGGUUAAUUGCCGCGCAGCUGGGGGAGGGGAACCGGUUUGAUAAAGCGGACUGGGGGGGUUGAACCAGGGACGGCGCUUUCCAGUAAAGGGGGGCAUCGCUGGCUGCACUGUGGGCUCUUCCUGUUAAUCCCAGAUCGAACCAUAUAAACAGGUAUAACGCGGAGAGGACGUUCAAUCAAUCCACGCCGCAAACCUUGGAUUAGGAUAAUACACUCUACUCCAUCAAAAAUGAAGGCAGAUAUCAUCUGGAUUUACAAACUUUUCUUGUGUGUUGUGCUCGCUGUGAAUUCAGAGUGCAGGAAGCAGUUGUUACAGCAGUACCAGAAGAGUGAGGACACCAGGCUGCUGUGUCCAGAUUGCCCCCAGCCCUCCAUGGUCAAGAACAGCCGCUCGCUGGAGCACUGUGCUCGCAAGUGCAGCAAGAACAAGAAAACCUUCACCUGCAGGGCAUUCUACUUUGACCAUCAAAACAGGAAAUGCCACUUGCUUCCCUUUGACCGCUUCAUGGACAGUGCUCACAGGGAACAUAGGGUGAACUUUGACCUUUAUGAGAAAAAAGAUUAUGUGAGGGAGUGUAUCAUCGGUUCCGGGGUGAACUACAAAGGCAGGAGGGCGGUAACCAAGGCCAAGAUUCCCUGUCAGUCAUGGACUGAAUCCUUCCCUCACGAACACACCUUCCAGCCGGCGAGACUAGGCAAGAAGGACCUGAACGGGAACUUCUGCCGUAACCCCAAGAACGAGAGCAGUGGACCCUGGUGUUUCACUACAGACCCAGAGGUCAGGCACCAAGAGUGUGGCCUGCCUCAGUGCUCCCAAGUGGAGUGUAUGAGGUGUAACGGGGAAGACUACAAAGGGCCGAUGGAUCACACAGAGAGUGGGAAGGAGUGUCAGAGAUGGGAUUCAUCCAAGCCCCACAGACACCCCUACCAACCUAAAAAGUACCCUGAUAAAGGGCUGAAUGACAACUACUGUCGGAAUCCGGACAACCGUUUGCGUCCGUGGUGUUACACCAUGGACCCACAAACACCCUGGGAGUACUGCAACAUCAGUGUGUGUGACCCAGGUAAUGACUCUGAUGUGGAUGCUACAUCGUCGUGUUUCAGGGAGCAGGGACAGAGUUACCACGGUACUGUGAGCGUCACCCCAUCGGGCGUCACAUGUCAACGCUGGGACUCCCAGUUCCCCCAUAACCACACCUACAGCCCGCAGAACUACAAGUGCAAAGACCUGAGAGAGAACUACUGUCGGAACCCAGAUGGUGCAGAGAUCCCAUGGUGCUUCACUACAGAUCCUAACCAGAGACUAGCCUUCUGCACCCAUAUACCCCGGUGUGAGACAGAGAACAUCGACACAGAAGAUUGUUAUGGGGACAAUGGAGGGAAUUACACAGGCAAUUUAUCCAAGACCAGAUCAGGAAUUCCCUGCGGACUGUGGGCAAAUCAUAGCAACAGGUACACCCGCAGAACUACAAGUGCAAAAUCCAGUGUGGGUCUGGAGAGGAACCUAUGCAGGAAUCCAGACCAGGAUAAACACGGUCCCUGGUGUCACACUACAGACCCCUCUAUCCCAUGGGACUACUGCAAGCUCAAACGCUGUGAUAAGUCUCCGAACAUCUCUGCCCACCCAAGAAGCAUCUCUCUCGUGUCUAAGACAUCCUGCUUCAUCCACAAGACCACCCGGAUUGUUGGAGGGGCCCAGGUCCACAAGGCUAAGGAUGGUAGCUGGGUUGUCAGCAUCCAGAAAGGGAACACUCACUGGUGCGGGGGCUCGCUGAUCCGAGAGGAAUGGGUGCUGACGGAUCAACAGUGCUUCUCCUCCUGUGUUCCAGACCUGAGUGAGUACAGUGUACAGGUGGGCCUCCUUCACCUCAACUCGUCCUUGGACCACCCCAGGCUCCGCAUCGCACACGUGGUCUGUGGCCCGGAGGGAUCCAACCUGGCCCUGCUCAAACUGGCCAAGCCUGCCCCUCUCUCUGAGCAUGCCUUCACCAUCCAGCUCCCAGUAGCAGGCUGUGGGGUCACAGACGGAACCAACUGUCUCAUGUACGGCUGGGGAGAGACCAAAGGGACAGGAUAUGAGGGGGCACUGAAAGCUGUGAGUCUGCCCAUGGUCAGUAACGACUGGUGUUCUGAGCUCCACAACAAAACCCUGCCUGUCACCGACAGCAAAGUGUGUGCCGGGGGCAGGAAAGACCAGGGAGUGUGUGAGAGAGACUACGGUGGCCCAUUGGUGUGUCAGGAGCGAGAGAGCAAAGUCAUUGUGGGCGUGAGCAUCCACGGCCGGGGCUGUGCCCUGGCCCGGCGGCCCGCCAUCUUCGUCAAUGUGGCCUACUACUCGGGGUGGAUCCACAAAGUCUUCAUACACUACUCCAGGUUGGAGGAAAAACUACUGGAAGAAGCACAGACCAAACCGCUCCAUUCAGAACUGUACCACUAGCCUGCAAGAGGAGGGGUGGAGCAUUCAGGACUGUACCACUAGCCUGCAAGAGGAGGGGUGGAGCAUUCAGGACUGUACCACUAGCCUGCAAGAGGAGGGGUGGAGCAUUCAGGACUGUACCACUAGCCUGCAAGAGGAGGGGUGGAGCAUUCAGGACUGACCACAGCACUGUAAGAGGAGGGGUGGAAUAUUUAGGACUGUACCACAAGCCGGGAGGAUGGAGAAUGAUCUCUCCAACGGAGGAUGCCUAACUAACAAGACGGUUGGGAGAUGUAAGAAUGAGGAAACUGACUUUAUGGAAAGUAGCCAUGUUGGGGCUUCGUGGCUGGACGUCGCUUCAGUUUUGGGAGGGGAAAAACACCAUGAAUGGAAGAGAUAUUUUGGGAUGUUCAGAGGCUGGGAAUACAAUGACAUGUUCAGAGAGGCUGAAAAGGAUAUGAAGAAUUCUUAUAAUAUGCAAAUUGAUUAAUGCAGGACCAGGUUGUUACGCCUUGAUCACACUGAUAGCGUCAUUGCGCAAAGUAGUACCUAGCAUCAUUUGGAUUGUGUGCAACAAAAGUUCAACAUUCACCUUCUGCUACCAUUUCUGUCAAGCUGUCUAUGCAUACAAUGUGAUGCAUACGUUUGAUAAAUCCAAGGUAUGCACCACAAAGAACACACUGCAACUGCCUCUGCAACGCAAUGCAGCAAGGCAAACGCAGCAUUCCAUUGGAAAUGAAUGUAUUUCUGGUGUACUAAAAUGCAUUGACGCUGUCUUUGUGAUUGAGGCAUUAGCUUUAAUAACAUUUCUAAACAAUAGUUUCUAGGACAUGGAAAGAUUAUUUUUUGGGGUGAAAUAUAUGAAUACUCUUAAGCCAUAAAGAGGGGUGAAUUGAUUCGUUCUCUCACUCCGCCCACAAGACAAUAGGAAUGGUAUGGAUGACUCAGUAUUGUCUCCUGGAAAAUACUUGAAUUUGAUCAGAACCAAAACCAGAGCCAUGCGAGGAGAGAUCCAGACAGGACUUGGUACGGUCCGUGGCUACUGGGUCACGUUGAGGGCACAUGAUGUAAUGGCUCGAAGUUCAGUCAUUCAGAAGUUACCACUUGAUGAAUGGUGAGAGUUAAAACCUGUCUAGAAACAACCUCUAGCUCAUAGCCGUAAGCUCAUAGCCCUACUCCCUAGGUGCUGGUGUAGAGCAGUGUAUACCAACUCCAGUCCUCCAGUACCCCCAACACCCCAACUCCAGUCCUCCAGUGCCCCCAACAGCACACAUUUCUGUUGUGGCCCCGGACAAGCACACCUGAUUAAAUUUUUCAUCUAAUCGUCAAGCCCACCUCGAGUUGAAUCAGGAUUGUCCAGGGUUACAACAAAAAUGUGUGCUGUUGGGGAUACUUGAGGACUGGAGUUGGUAUACACUGCUCUACACCAGUACCUGGAGAGUAGGGCUAUUAGCUUGCGGCUAUGAGCAAAAGGUUGUUUCUAGACAGGUCCUAACUCUCACCAUUCACCAAGUGGUUGUUUUUGGAAAGACUGUUCAGUAACUAUUACCUAACUAAUGCUAAUGCUAACGGUUACUUAGCCAAACGUUAGCAGUUAGCCUACAUGGCUAACAUGUCUCCAGUUUUUGAGGGAACUCUACACUAGCCCCUGGUGGGUUGCGUGUGCGUUAUGUGGUCAGAGUACACAUUUAGAUGUUUCUUAUUGAGUGUAUUUCUGGCACUCUGUGUUAUUUAAUAGGUCUUAUAGAUCUGGGCCUUUCCUUGGCUCACUCACACCAGAUGUCAGUGGAGUUGCUUCCUCUCUACACUGUGUUUUCUAUUUAAAUGGAUUAGAACGUAGUGUGCAGUCUAUUUAUUUAUUUGUAUACAUCUGGCCCUCGUGAGAGGGCGCCAGCGAUUGACGUUGACAAAGCGACACGUCUCGCUAAUAGAAGAGGUGAAGAUUAUGGCGGCUUUUUAUUUGAUACAUGUUCUAAACUCAGUGUGUCAAUCAUUAUUAUUGGAGGUACACUGAAUGGCCAUACGGAUUACAUGAAACGUAUGGGUUGUGUUCCAAAACAUACCACAUGAAACGUAUGGGUUGUGUUCCAAAACAUACCACAUGAAACGUAUGGGUUGUGUUCCAAAACAUACCACCUGAAACGUAUUGGUUGUGUUCCAAAACAUACCACAUGAAACUUAUGGGUUGUGUUCCAAAACAUACCACAUGAAACGUAUGGGUUGUGUUCCAAAACAUACCACAUGAAACGUAUGGGUUGUGUUCCAAAACAUACCACCUGAAACGUAUGGGUUGUGUUCCAAAACAUACCACAUGAAAUGUAUGAUUUGUGUUCCAAAACAUACCACUUUGUCAGGCAUUUGUCUUUUAACAAUACUGACAUGCAGUAAGUGUAAUGACAUAGGGGAAUGUAAUAAUAGCUUUUUUUCAGUGCUGAAAACCAGUCAUGACAUUUUUAUAAUCACAGAAAGCAGAUGUGUCUGUAUGACUAAUGAUCUCUUCAAACUGGGCCCCUAAGAAGACUUAGAAUUUCACCCAAUUUCUAUAUCCUAAAAUAUUCAGUGUGUUAGUUUAACCUAUGUCACAGUAUUUGACCUGUUCAGUGCCUUUUUAGGUGGACAGGAAUCAACAGUGUACAAAAGAAUUGGCGCAGAGAUCUGUGAGUGUAUUUUACUGUUAUGUAAAUAGGAUGUAAAGUAGUGUGUGUGUAAAAAAAACUAUUUUCCACUUCCAAUGUCUUAUUUACAUCGUUUAUUUACUAUAUAUGGUCACUCUGUUCAUAAACUUGUAUACUGUAAACUCUAUAACAGCUGCUAUUUUUAAAGGGUCGGGUUGGGUCUUUAUAUUAUAUACUAUAUGAUUUUGUUAUAUUCACGUUUUAAUAUUACAUUUACAGUGUAAAUUACAGCUUGUUUCACUCUUUUCAUCUGUCUGUCUGUCUGUCUGUCUGUCUGUCUGUCUGUCUGUCUGUCUGUCUGUCUGUCUGUCUGUCUGUCUGUCUGU